AUUGUGAAGUCAUUCAGUGAAACAACAUGGCCGCUAAACUCAUUGUCUUCGUCUGCGCCAUCGCCCUCAUGGCCCAGUCCGUUUUGGGCACCGGUUGUGGCUGCGGCUGUAGAGGUUGUGGCUGCGGUUGUGGAGGUUGUGGCUGUGGAUGUUGUGAGCGUUUCCCUGUAUGUUCCAACUCUGCUGCUCCCACUGGUCUAAGUAUAUGUUCCGAGAACACGUACAAGGGUGGUGUCUGUGUCUGCGGUGAAGUGCCUUUCCUUGGUACUGCUGAUGUCUGUGGCCAGAUGUGCAGCUCGGGUUGUGGUUGUAUCGACUACGGCUGCGGAAACGGUUGCGUCGGUAUCACCCGAAGCUGCGGCGGGUGCGGAUGCGGCUGUGGAGGCUGCGGUGGCUGCGGAUGCGGCUGUGAAGGCUGCGGUUGCUGCUGAGGAUGCGGUUGCGUACGUUCAUGUUAUGGCGUCUACUACAAAUCUCAUUGAGUUAUGUAUUAUUAAAAAAAUCAAUAAAAUCCACAUUCAGUAUUUA